AUGCCUAAAAUUGAUGUCCAGAGAUUAUCUGAAGAUUUAUACAUUCAAAAUACGAUGAUGUUUUCUUCGUCAUCUAAUCGCGAUGUAUCGUUGAUGUAUCAAGAUCCAGCAUUGAAUGAAAAUUCGUUUCUGCAAAAUGUAGUAUUUCAAAUUGAAGUAGAUUUAAAGAAAAGAAGUGCACCUUAUGCUGACAUUCACACCAAAAGUCAGUUCCCUGAUGAAAAUGAAGUUCUAUUCAUGUUGGGACAUCGAUUUAAAGUACAGAAUGUCAAAUUUAUCAAUGAAGAAAAUCAUUAUUUAGUUAAAUUACUUCUACUAAAUAAUUUUGAACCGAUAGAUGUGCGAACUUCGAACGAUUAUUCUCCUAGAAGAAAUCUUAAAAACUGUAUAAGUACAUUGACAUAUCAAAUGUUUUAUAUACCAGUUACGAAACUAAAUAUUAUUUAUCAUGAAUUCAUGAAUUUAUAUCCAUCGGAAAGAUGGAUCGAAGCAGUCAAAAUUUAUCGUUACGGUCAAUAUUUACAAUUGAGAGAGCAACAACCUUGCUUAGCGAUAGAAAAAUAUCAUCAUGCAUUACACAUCUGGGAUUCUUUUACCAAUGAUGAUGAUUUAAAUUGUUCUAUUGAUAUUUGUCAUCAAUCGUUAAGAAGUGCCCAUGAUACUAUCGAAGAAAAUUUUACUCAAGCAUUGACAUAUUACGAAAGGGCUUUUAACAAUUUUCGUUCAGAGUAUGAACGCACUGAAAUAUGUGAACAUUUGACUAAUAUUUAUGCUCAUCAGAUGGAAUUACACUAUCAAGAUGAUCAAUUCAUGAAACAAUAUGGUUUAAAGGCAAUAAAAUAUAGAAAACAAUAUAAUGAAAUCAUAUGUUUAAAUGACCCAUACGAUAGAUUGAAAGUCGCCGAAAACAGUUAUCAAAAGGCACUUGAUAUCUACCAACAACAAGACGAACGUGAUCAAAGUUCUAUAAAUGUUUGUAUUGACAAUAUUGUUCAAAUUUAUGUAGAAGAAAAAAAGGACUUCAAAUCGGCGAUUGUUUAUCAAAAAUUAAAACAUGAUUUCAAAUUAGAAUGUAAUGAAUUAGAAGAAGAUGAUGAUGAGAAUACAUUGCGUCAAAAGAAAAGACGAAUAGCACGCAGUCAUCGAGAUUUGGCUGAAUUAUACAAAAGAAAUAAACAAUAUAGUUUAGCUUCUGAACAUAAAAAGCAAGCAAAUGCACUGGAUAAAGACAAACAAUCUGAUCAUACGACUACAACCUGUAGUUUUAUAACUAUGUGUAUCACUGCUGUGAGCAACAAAUUUCAUACAUAA